CAGACGGAGCCUCAGGCUCGAGCCUUUUGUUCCCCCACAGCUCCGUGUGUCCGGAAAGCGACUCCGUCCUCCCCUCCGUCUUUCCCAGAGCGCAGCCCGGCGGGGACCCGCCCUGUGGCCGGAGCCGAGUGGGCAGCGCGUCCAGGGAACUUCAGAGUAGAGUUGAAUGAUUUUCACAAAGAAGCAGAUUAUGUAUUGUUGGAAAGUCCAUGUUUAUCUCAUCUGAAACAGCAAAUAAAGGAGAAAUCAUAGCAAUAACAGGACAAAAAAAGAGAAUCUAAUCAUGGAUUAUCUGACCAUUGAAGCUGAGGAAGAAGUCCUUCCAGCCAUUACUACCGAGGAUGCUUCUCUGCCCCAAAAACAGAACAUGGAAGAAAUGGAACCUACUGUUGAGCUCCUUCCUGUUGAGUUCCAGGAAUUGGUGACAGUCAAGGAUGAGGAAAUGGACUUCAGUCAUGUGGAGGAAGAAGAGCUGAAUUCUGCCCAAAGGUACAUGGGCAUUGAUAUGAAAGUGGAGAAUUGUGGGAGCCUGGUAUUUUGGGAUUCCGAAUCUAUACCUGAAACUAAAGAAUCUUUUUCAAAGCAAGAACUUUAUGAAGAAGUGUCCUCCGAAAGAGAGCUGAUAAUAGAAAGACUUAAAAAGGUUGAGGCCUGGGACUCCAGAUUGAUAGAAGCCUGGCAAUGUGAAGGCACAUUAGAAAGGCAGCAAGGAAACCAGAAGAAAGAUUUAAGGGAAGCCAUAAUUAAACACAACAAAACCACUGUGGAGGAUUGUAAUGAAAUUGGGGAAAGUUCAAACCCAAUCAAACAUCGAAAUAUUUACUCAGUGAAAAAGCCUUGGAAGUGCAAUGAAUGUGGGAAGUUCUUCAGUUACUACUCAGCCUUUAUCCUACAUCAGAGAAUUCAUACUGGAGAGAAGCCUUAUGCAUGUACUGAAUGUGGAAAGGCCUUCAGUCGGAGCUCAUCACUUAUUCAGCAUCAGAGAAUUCACACGGGAGAAAAACCUUACGAGUGUAACAAAUGUGGGAAAGCCUUCAGUCAUCGGUCAGCCCUCAUUCAGCAUCAUAUCAUUCACACUGGAGAAAAGCCCUAUGAGUGCAAUGAAUGUGGGAAAGCCUUCAACCAAAGCACAUACCUUAUUCAGCACCACAGAAUCCAUACUGGAGAGAAACCCUAUAAAUGCAAGGAAUGUGGGAAAGCUUUCAAUGAUACCUCAUCCCUAAUUAAACAUCAAAGAGUUCAUACUGGAGAAAAACCUUAUGGAUGUAAAGAAUGUGGGAAAGCCUUUAGUGACAGGUCGGGCCUCACUCAACAUCAGAGAACUCAUACAGGGGAAAAGCCAUAUGAAUGCAGUGAAUGUGGGAAAGCUUUCAGCUACUGUUCAGCUCUUAUUCAACAUCAAGGAACCCAUACUGGGGAGAAACCUUACAAAUGUAAUGAAUGUGGGAAAGCCUUCAGUGAUCGCUCAGCUCUCAUAAGACACCAAAGAAUUCAUACUGGGGAGAAACCUUACAAAUGUAAAGAAUGUGAGAAAGCCUUCAGCCAGAGCUCAUCUCUUACAAAGCAUCUGAGAACUCAUACUGGAGAGAAACCAUAUAAAUGCAGUGGUUGUGACAAAGCCUUCAGUCAGAGUUCAUCUCUUAUUCAACAUCAGAAAACCCAUACAGGAGAAAAACACUACAGAUGUAAGAAAUGUGAGAAAACCUUCAGUGUGCGUUCAGCCUUUUAUCAACAUAAAGAAAUUCAUGAUGAAUAGAAUGCAGUAAAUUCAUGAAAUAGUUAUGUAUUCUUGGGGCACCCAGCUGGCUCAAUAAGG